AUGUCUUUCCUUACUUUGGAGGAGAUUGUCGCAAAAACUACUGACAGUACUCGUGAUGAGAUCGAGAACGACCUGCAAACAUUCGCCAAUGCCUAUGGGUUUGUUGUCUAUCUUGAUAGCGGCGGAAACCUAGAUCCGAGCAAAGGCACUGUUAAAGCCUACUUCAAGUGCAUACAUGGUGGCACCUAUCAGCCACGCCAUGUAGUAAACAACAACAGCCUUGAUGAAAACCUUACUGAUACCAGUAUUGCCAUCCAUGACGGUGACAACGAAAGCGUUAUUGACACCACAACGGAAAAUCCCGAUACUUCAGAAAGCAAUAGUACCAUGAAAGAUAACGCAUCGGAUAAUGAUAAGGAAGAGAAGACUGAUGAUAAGCGUUUUUACGUGGACAAGAACGGAGUUCGCAAAAGAAAACCCACACGCAUAUCGAAACUCGAUAUACUUAUGUCACCUACAAAAAGUUGGCUCCCCCCAGCUGGAGUUGAAAAAAUUGUAGGCAGUUGA